GCGAAGCUGCCACAUCCAAUAUGGCGGCGAUGUCGACGUACGAUUCAGGCUCAAUGGGGCAUCUACGGGGGUGGGCGUGACUUUGCGGGCGGAGCCGGAUACCAGAGAAAGUCAGCCGCCGCUCACUGCCCAUACGCACAGGUGAGGUGGGACACGGGGAACGCACCUGGACGACUCCUCCAACAUGUCUCCGAUAAAGGACUUUAAAUUGGUGUACGAAGCUCUCAACAAACAAAACACCUUCUCCGAGGGAGACACGGUCGCGGGCACGGUCAGUUUCACGCUGACGGAGCAGACCAAAGUGAAGUGCAUCUUCGUGAAAGUCAAAGGUGCGGCGCACGUUCACUGGUCGGACGGAACCGGAGAGAGAAGGAGGUCCCACAAUGCGCACAGGAAGCUCUUCAAAGAAAAGGAAUACUUAGUGACAGAAAAUGCUGAUGGCACAGAACUUCCUAAAGGAGACCAUCAGUAUAAGUUCAGGCUUAAAAUCCCACAGGGGUCAUUCCCUUCAUCCUUCAAGGGGUAUCAUGGCAAGAUCGUCUACCACCUCGCCGCCAAGAUAUCCAGGAGUUGGCAUUUGCCCUCCGUAGAACAAACGGAGCUCAACUUUGUUUCACGGGCUUUACCACUAAAUAGCCAAGCAACGGGUCCGAACUGUGGCUCAGUGGGUAAAGAGGUUGGAGUUUUCUCCAAAGAACACAUCCGAAUGUCUGCUACUGUUGACAAAAAGGUUUGCUCUCCAGGUGACACCAUAUCUAUCGUCGCAAACAUCUCCAACUCCUCCUCCAAAAAAAUGAAGCCCAAAUUCAGCGUAGAGCAGAGAACCAUGUACCGGGCCCAUGCCUCCAGUAAACUCAGUGUGAUAAGUGUCUGCAAAAUGGUUGGGGACACUCUCAAGCAGUCGGAGGAAACCGUCUCCGGCCAAUUGACGAUUCCUGCCGAUGUCAACUGCUGUGUCCAUAACUGUGAUAUCAUAUCAGUUGAGCAUUACGUCAAGGUGUAUCUGGACAUCAGUUUUUCCAUUGACCCAGAGGUGAAGCUUCCACUGGUCAUCAUUCCUUUCAGCCUUGAAACCCUUCAGCCUGCUGGAGCUGCUGGGCCUUUCCCACCUGGGGUUGCGGGGCCUUACCCAGCAGGGGCUUUUGGAGGGCCAAGCAAAAGUGAUUUCCCUCCCCCUGCAGUGGCGAUGGGUCCCUAUCCAGCUGGGGCUGUAGGGGCUCCAAGCUACAGCAACUUCCCUCCACCUGCAGUGGCGAUGGGUCCCUAUCCAGCUGGGGUGGUAGGGGCUCCAAGCUACAGCAACUUCCCCCCACCUGCCUUCCCUACUGGAUCUUAUGGUGCACCCACAGCUCCAGGUGCUUAUGGAUACCCAGCACCAGGUCCCACUCAACCUGGCAACACAGCUGGUGGCUACAACAAUCAGUGGCCACAGCAGGCCCCACCAUACAGUUUUCCGACUGGGGCUUUCCCACCACCUUCAGUGCAGCAUCAAGGCCCUACUGCUCCACCUCAGUUUCAACUGGGAGAAGACCUUCCAAGCUAUACGUCCCUUUACCCCCCCGUCCCUGACACUUUUGCUGGCAAUGGGUUGGAUAAAAAAAACUGAGCUUUCAAGAGAGCACCAGCAAUCUUGAAAUAUGAUGAGGGUAUUUCACCUAUUAAUAAUGGAGUUUCUUGACUUUAAACACAGAUGUCUGUUCACUGAAUGCAAUGCACAACAACUUAUUUUUAACCCCUUUAACUAAAAAAUUAAUUUAAGAAUUGUAUACACAGAGAGCAAAUUACUGUAAAGUUUCAAAUAAAGGGGACGUUUUUGUGGGCUUUUAGUUGGCUGUUAUGUUACAUUUUAGAAAAACUGUCUUGAAGUAUGUUCAAAUGAUAGGGGAGUCAUGAUUGGGAUUUUGGUUAACUGUUUCCUGUUUUUUAUUUUGUAGAUUACAUCCUUUGUCUGUCUUUUCCUAUUCUGAGUACACCCGGAAGGUGUACACAGAAAAAAGGGCAGGAAAAAAGACCAGAAGUAGAAAGUAAGACAUGACACAUAAAGAAAUAUAAUCUAUUAAAUAAAACUAGCGACAAUUAACUGAAAACCAGAACCAUGACAGUGGGCAUUUAAGCUAUUUGAAAACAGUAAAUAUUUGCUGUUUACAAAAGUGAAAAUUUAAUCUGUAUUUGUACUCUUUUACUGUUAUGUGGUGUGUUGUAUGUUUAUACUAUAUGGGGGGGGAAAAUGCCAAAGUACCUACUGUGAGUUAAAAUUCAAUCACCUAAAUCAUGUCUUUAAUACUUAUUUAUUCUUCUUAUUAAACAUGUUAAUUUGAAAUGGAAAAGCACACACAGUUGAAGGCAACUGUGAAAGAGUGGCUGUGGAUCAGUUUGUCCAUCUGCACUAUGUUUAAUGCAACAUCAACGUGCCUGCUAUGAUUGUAUGUUAUAUAAUGCGCCAACAGAUAUCAGUAGGAUGGGGUGUGUAAUGCACUGAUGCAUUACUCACGACAUCCCUACUGAUAUGUGUUGGUCAACAGAUAACAGAAGGGAUGUGUUGAGUGGUGUAAAGGGAGCUAGCAAGUGAGCAGGCGAGCUGGCUGGACUGAAUGGGAAAUAUCAAUGCCACUGGGGUAAAACACAGACGGGCUACGGACGAGCAAUACUGGUAGUGUUUACAAUACAGGUAACUUUUAAAGCUGAGCCCGGACAGAAAAAAGGCUGAGACAUCCUUUAGUCUGUUUGCAGGCAGAGGGGUUCAUCACAGACUAUGUGCGUAAUGACUUCAAUGGAUCUGCCCUGUUUCUGAUGGGUGUGAUUCAUUCCAAAUGUCCCAUUCUUAAAGCAGGUAAAAAUAAAUGGCUCCAACCAGGGUUUUGCAUUGAGUUUCAAAACUUGGUUACCAUUAUAAAAACUAAUAUAACAGUUGAAAAAUGUGUUGAUUUUUAGCCUGUA